GAUAAGUGUCAAGCUGCUGGGUGGCGCUGGUUUGCCCAUGGAAACCAAGCGCGGAUAGUGCGUGACUCCUCGUUCAGCCGACAGCACGAGUAGCCGCUCUACUCCGUUCCUUUCAGACAGAGUCGGUACCCGUUUAGCAGCAAAAGCUUUUCCCUUUACUUGUAAUUCCCCAUCCUUCCCUGGUUGUAUUUUUCUUCCCCUAUUUGUCCCAGUCAUGGCGGCGAGUGCGAAAAGAAAGCAGGAGGAGAAACACCUGAAGAUGCUGAGAGAAAUGACGAGUUUGCCUCCCAACAGAAAGUGCUUUGACUGCGAUCAGCGCGGCCCAACCUAUGCCAACAUGACCGUGGGGUCUUUCGUCUGCACCUCCUGCUCUGGCAUACUACGAGGGCUGAACCCACCCCACAGAGUGAAGUCCAUCUCCAUGACGACCUUCACGCAACAGGAAAUCGAGUUCCUCCAGAAACACGGCAAUGAGUCAUGCAAACAGAUAUGGCUGGGGCUUUACGACGACAGAACGGCCUCCAUACCGGACUUCAGAGAACCCCAGAAAGUCAAGGAGUUCCUUCAGGAGAAAUACGAGAAGAAGAGAUGGUUUGUUCCCCCGGAGCAGGCCAAAGUGGUGGCUUCGGUCCAUGCCUCAAUCUCAGGCUCGUCAGCCAGCAGCACCAGCAGCACUCCCGAAGUCCGACCCCUCAAAACACUGCUGGGGGAGUCCGCCCCCACCCUGCACCUCAACAAGCACACACCCAGUCAGUCUCCGGUGGGGAGCCGUGCGGCCCAGGCCCUCCAGCUGAGCCAGCAGCAGCAGUUCCACGACAAGAAGUUUGACCUCCUCAGCGACCUGGGCGGAGACAUUUUCGCCGCUCCGUCCCACUCGCAGACCGCAGCAGGCUUGUCAGCCAACUUUGCCAACUUUGCACAUUUCAACAGCCACCCAGCUGCUCAGAACGCACAUGCAGACUUUGCUAACUUUGAUGCGUUUGGGAGCGCGGGUCCAUCGGGUGCUUUCCCCUCUGCACCCCAAGCCCCCUUCCAGACCUCACAUACAGCGUUCACGUCCCUCUCAUCCAGCCGCAGUGUGGGUGAGUUUGCCACCGCUGGCACUGCUCUCCCUCACCCAGGUGCAGGUGCUCACAGAGGUAGUGUCCCUAGCGGGGUUCCAGGCUCUCUCCCCCCGGUGGCGUCGGCAGGACUGCGUCACCCCCAAAGUCAGCUGACGGGUACAUCGGCGGCAGACCGCUACGCCGCGCUGGCCGAGCUGGACAACGUGUUCGGCUCGUCAGCCCCCGCCACCAGCGUCUACAACACCAUCAGCACUUCUCAAGGGGGGAUGUUUGGCACUGUGACAGGAGUCUCGUCAGCCCAAGCACAACAAUGUAUGUCCAGCAUGCCCCAGGGUUUUGGAGGUCCGUCAACAAACCCCUUUGCUGCUGCAGCGGUUGCCCCGGUGAUAGCCACCACCAACCCCUUCCAGAACAACGGGAGAGCAGCGGCUAUGGCAGCAGCAGGCCUGUUGGGGGCUCUGCAUGGGCAGGGUUACCCUCCAGCCCACUUUGCCACGUUUGGCACAGGGUCCAUGAGCAUGCCAGCCGGAUUCAGGAACGCUGCUACCUACAACCUCCCCACCAGCUUCAGUGGGACCUUCCAACAGCCCUUCCCAGGCCAGGGCCCCUUCCCCCAGUCUCCGGCCUGUCCCCAGCAACCCAACGGAGGGGGGUUUUCAGCCUAUGGACAGGCCAAGGCUGUGGCGACCCCCUUUGGGCAGGCGAUGGCUGCACCCGGGGUCUCUAGUAACCCCUUCUUGGCGGGCGCCCCUUCAGGACACUAUCCCUCAGGAAGCUCUUCAACGAAUCCUUUCUUAUAGCACUGCUCCACCUGAACUCCACCACUAGGGUGUUGUCAACUGGCGUGCACCGCUCUCACCUCUUGCACUGUUUUGUUUCACAAGACGCUUGUGAAAAAAGAAAAAAAAAGACAAACCCAAUGUUUCUAAAAACGGGUAUUUUGUAUUAAGUGACGUAACUGACACCGUCCAUGGCAACAAAAAACAAAACAAGGUAAAUGUGUGUAGAGGGAAGGGGGGCGGGGGUGGCAGGAAGCCUAGCUGUUAAGAGCUUUGGGCCAGUAACUGAAAGGUCGCUGGUUUGAAUCACUGAACUGACUAGGUUAAAAAUAUGUCUGUGCCCUUGAGCAAGGCACUUAACCCUAAUAGCUCCUCCUGUAAAUUGCUCUGGAUAAGAGGGUCUGCUAAAUGACUCGCAUGUAAAUGUGUUAAAGGGGCGGAGUUUCCUCUCAUCCUCCAUCUAACCUGUGAUCUGGCCCGGCCUCAGCUGAGCCAAAUGUAUAUUCAAACUGGCUGAUACUAAGUUAUUGCAAAAUAUUCCCAUUCAUUAUGCUGCAAUUCUGUAAAUAUUCUUUUCUUAGAGGAAAUUAGCUCUGUGCAUAUCAGUAUUUGUAUCUUUAACACGAGUUUAAGGCAGAACUGUUACUUGGAAAAUCUUAGAGGACUACUGUGAGUUACUGUAUUUGUAAAGAAGAACCAAAAGCGGUUUGUACAGCGUGGUAUCGGUAGGACUAUUUUUACAGAGAAUAAGAGGUGAACAUGCGUUUCAUAAUUUGUUACAGAAGAGGGGGAGGAGUCUCUCCCCUCUUCUGUGAUUGGCCUCAAGGGCAGAGACUCCACCUGGAAUGGGAUGGGCUCUCACCUGUGCUCUUACCUGUCCUGCUGUCCAAGUGGUUUACCACAAUAUAGACUGAAUACCACUGAUGUUGGGUGUUAAAGACAUUUAAGUUAAUGUGUAUAUAUAUUAAAAUGAAUUUUAACUAAAAAGAAUGACCAAACCAUGUCUUUGUAUUGCUGCACUGUCCAUUUUCAUAUAUUGAAAUAUUUUUGAUAUACUGUAUAUAAAAUGAUUUCUAUCACGA